AUGGCACCAAGCAGAACUGUACAAGGGGGUGGAAACCACACCUCCGUGACCAUGUUUGUCCUCCUGGGGCUCUCAGAUCUGCCAGAACUGCAGCUCAUGCUCUUUCCAGUCUUCCUGGGGAUCUAUCUUGUGACUCUGACCUGGAACCUGGGCCUUACCAUCCUCAUCGGGAUGGACUCCCACCUGCAGACACCUAUGUACUUUUUCCUCAGGUUCCUGUCAUUUAUCGAUAUCUGCUAUUCCUCUUCCAUUAGCCCAAGGAUGCUUUCGGACUUCUUAAAAGAUGAGAAAACUAUUUCCUUCACUGCUUGUGCCACUCAAUAUUUUGUUUUGGCCUGGAUGGCUAUAUCUGAGUGUUGCCUCCUGGCCAUUAUGGCCUAUGGCACGUAUGUAGCCAUUGGUAACCCUCUGCAGUACUCAGCCAUCAUGGCCCCCAGCCUCUGCCAGAGGAUGGUUGCUGGAGUCUAUGGGACUGGAUUCCUUGGUAGCUUGGUUCAAACAACUGCUUGUUUUAAUCUCUAUUACUGCAGGCCAAAUAUCAUUCAGCAUUUCUUCUGUGACUUGCCUCAGGUCAUUUCCUUAUCUUGCAGUGACACCUUCAUUAGCCAGUUGAUUCUUUUCCUGGAAGCUGUUUUUGUUGGGUUUGGCUCUUUUUUUAUUAUCCUUUUAUCCUAUGUCUUCAUUGCUGUUUCCAUCCUGAAAAUCUCCUCAUUCAAAGGCUGUGUCAAGGCCUUCAAGACCUGUGGCUCCCACCUGGCAACAGUGACAGUUUUCUAUGGCACAAGCUUCUCUGUGUACUUGAACCACAGCUCUCAACACUCCACAAAACAGGACAAGGUGCUGUCCGUAGUCUACACUAUCCUCACCCCCAUGUUAAACCCUCUGAUCUACAGUCUAAGGAACACAGAAAUCAAAGAUGCCCUCAAGAGGGUGAUGAAGAGGGCAGCAGGUUUACCACAGAAAGAAUAG